GUCUACUUUCGAUUUAUCUACGGUCACCUAAAAUGCUAAAAUGAACGAACGCGAAAAAGAAAUAAUUCGAAGAAACAGGCGUUUCAUUCAAGAGAAUGUCUUUAAUAUCGACGAUGUUGCCGAUUUACUUUAUGAAAAGGGGAUUCUGACCUUGAACAACAAAGAACUUGUCGCGUCCUAUCUAGUUGACAGAAGAGCAUAUGAGAUGCUUGACAUAGUGGUGAAGAGAGGACCGCGGGCCUUCCCUUGUCUGGUGGAGGCUCUACGGGAAACUGAAAAUCCAGAGGCAGCUGAUCGAUUGGAGGGAAAUGCUGGAUCCACCACUGAUCCAAACAAAACCAACUUUUCUGUGAGUGGUGUAUCAACAAGUAGAACACCUGAGACUGCAUCCUCUGGACUUGUAGGAGUAUCUACAGAAACAUACACAAAGCCAGGCUGUUCCAAUAAACUCCCCACACAAUCCAAAGGGGUACCCCCAUCAGGUCCACAUAAACCAUCAGAGGAAAACCGUUCAUAUGUUGAGUGGAUGGAUGAUGUAGAACUGACUAAACUUGAAGACAACUUUAUUCCUACUGAUCCCAAGUUUGUGAUGGAGAUGAAAAAACUUCACAAUGAAGAUAUGUACAAUAUGACAGGAGAUAAGAGUAAGCGUGGGAAGUGUUUAAUGAUAGACAGUAUCCCCAAUGACUUCUGUCAGCAGGGAGAAUGUCACACCAUUGUUGACUCCAGUAAAACUCUGAUACACCAAACCCUCAAACAAUGUGGCUUCAAGUGUAUCUACUACACCCGGAAUAGUGGAACCUCUCAGACAAUAAAAGAGAAGAUACUUCAGGAGAUGAACAAGCCGGACCAUGUACAGUACUCCUCCUUUCUUGUGAUAUGUGUGACCACUGGCCCUAAUCCACAAUACAUAUAUGGCAAAGAUGGUGAGAAGGAUUGCUUGCCAAUCCAGGAAAUACAGGAAAUGAUGUCACAAUGUAAAGCAUUUAGUAACAAGCCAAAGAUGUUAAUGGUUCAUACUGUGCCAGAGUCAAGCUUGAAAUGUGAUCACAGCUUCCCAUUGGCUGAAGACAGGGAUCAAAGGUUAAGUGACUCCAUGCAGUACCUGACUUUGGAAGGGGAGGACACCAGUUCACUGAAUGGUGGGGACCUGUUUGUUGUGUCUGUGCGACUAGAACCAGGUAUUAGUUUCCUGGUCAAAAUUCGAGGUAAGACAGGAGCGUAUUUCAGUAAUGCAUUAGUCUAUGUGUUGCUGAAGCAUGCUGCCAACCGAUCCUUUCUGGAAAUGACAAAAGAGAUGGAUAGGUUGUUUGAGUCUUGUGAGUACGAGGGUGAGGACAGUGUGGAUGCCAAUCCCUACAACAAGCGAGUUCAUCGGCGAGUGAGAGUGGCUCGACUGACCAUCCUGACAAAGCCGGAGAAAGAACUCUUCCUCUUCCCCCAAUAUGAAGACACAGGAACACAGGUGUCUAGGAGAGAGAGUACCUCAUAAUGUAUGCUCGGAAAUCAGAGGAAACACACUGGAAACAGAUAUGAAAUUACAUAUAUUGGUGUAAAACAGGGAGAGCCAUUCAACAGCCUGGCAGCCUCAGUAUCAAAUCCUGACCUUCUUCUGUAGACUUUAUGAACUGUGAUAAUUUCAUUUAGACUUUUAAGUUUUAAUCUGUAGUUUUUUACCUCAUUAUUUGUAAAUUUCAUGUCAACAUGCUAAUAAUGAAUACUCCACAUGAUA